UUAGUUAUUUCAAAAAAGAUCUCACUUCUAAUGUCGGAUUUCUCUGCUUUGAAUUGCUUCAAUUCACUCAAAAGUCAAUCGUCAGCUAGCCCAACUAAUGCCUUCCGUAAAUACACACUUUUUAAUGACGUCACAUGGUCGGCGCUAAAAAAACUAUGGAAGGUUGGAAGGGCCACUUCUUACGAUCAAUUUCUUUAAGACGAAUGUGUAAAAUGAGCGAUGGUUAACUUGAUAAUACAUAAAUACCAUUAUUAAUGAAUUAAAUAGGGUAAACAGUGGUGGUAUAUAUUGUUUGCAGCCACCAUCAUCGGCUAGAGGUUCCUAUAGAGUUGGGUACUCCCAGGAAGAUUUGCAUAACGCAUACAUCAUGGUAGUUGAAGAAGAUGUCGCUGUCCAACAAGCAGCAACACGAUGGGGGGUUCCAAUUACCACGUUAAAAGAUAGAGUGAGAGGGAGGUCCAUAUUGACACAAUUAAAUCCGGCAAGUCUACGAUGUUCACACAAGAGGAAGAAUCACUUCUUGUCGACCAUAUCAAAGUUAUGAGUGAGAUCGGCUACGGCUACACGAGGCAAGAAACAAUCAACUUGGCCACCGAUUAUGCUCAAUAUUUAGGUCACGGGGAUAGGACCACGCGCCUCAGUUUGCGAUGGCUGUACAACUUCCUGUCACGUUGGCCUGAGAUCGAAAACCUGAAACCUAGAAAAUUGGAAUACGCAAGAGCAAGAAGUGCUACUCGCUCAUCUGUAGACAAUUAUUUCAACGAGCUGGAAAAGAUCAUGAAUAAAUAUAGUUUCCAACAUCGUCCUCAUCAGAUUUACAACAUCGAUGAAAAGGGUUUACAAACUGACAUUACGCCACCGAAACUUGUUUCGUCAACCAGGUGUAAACCGCAGGCUGUUACAACUGGAAAAUCCAAAACUGUAACUGUUAUAGGCGCUGGAAAUGCUUCUGGAAAUGCAAUUCCACCGUAUUUCGUCUUCCCUGGUCAACGCAUGCGUGAUGACUUGAUGGAAGGUGCAUCCCCUGGUGCUGACGGAACUGUAUCUGAGACUGGCUGGUCAAAUACAGACAUCUUCAAUAUCUACAUGAAGUCUCAUUUUGUGAAAUAUGCUGCCACAAGCUCGGCUGAAUCUCUACUUCUCGUCUUGUAUGACGGACACAAAAGCCACGUCUCUAUUGGUCUAAUUCAGUGGGCAAAAGAACAUAACAUUGUUCUGUUUGUUCUGCCGCCCCAUACCAGUCAUCUGCUGCAACCACUCGACAUUGGCUGCUAUGGACCCGUCGAAGCUGGAUGGACAUCUGCAUGUCACAGGCACCUGCGAGAGUCGGGCGGAAAAGCUAUUACCCGAUAUGAUGUCUGCAAGAUCGCCUGUUAAGUCCUUGCUUCAACUCUGACGCCGCAAAACAUCAAAGCAUCCUUCAGACGAUCUG